AUGUCUGACCAUCCUAUUGAGAAGGAUAUGGCUCCUGAGCUCGAGUCCAACGGCACUGCUCCCAUCACCCAUGAGAUGUCGGCAGAGGACACUGCCAGAGCUGCUGCGCGCUUUGGCUACGGGCCUAUGGCUCACGUCAACACCGCCGAGGCUAACCUCCGCCCCUUCGGAGGAGAGUUCCAGCCCGGUCUGUACAAGUCGGUCGAGCAGCGCAAGUUCGCCAACCCAGCGCCUCUGGGUCUCUGCGCUUUCGCCCUCACCACCUUCCUCCUGAGCUUGAUCAACAUGGGUACUCGUGGUAUCACUGCGAACAACAUUGUCGUGAGUUUGGCGUUUGGAUAUGGUGGUCUCGUUCAGCUGCUUGCUGGCAUGUGGGAAAUGGCUGUCGGAAACACCUUCGGUGCCACGGCUCUGUCCUCGUACGGCGGUUUCUGGAUUUCUUUUGCCAUCGUCUUGACCCCCGGUGGGUUCGAGAUCGCCUCGUCGAUCGAGGCUGCCGGCGGUAGCAGCAUGUUCUACAACUCGAUGGGACUGUAUCUCAUGGGCUGGUUCAUCUUCACCACCAUUCUGCUGGUCUGCACCCUGAGAUCCACGGUCGCUUUCUUCCUGCUCUUCUUCUUCCUUGACAUCACCUUCUUGCUGCUUGGCAUUGGCUACCUGCGUCCCAAUGCUGCCGGCGAGCCCAAUCCUCCGAUCAUCAAGGCAGGUGGUUUCUUCGGUCUCUUGGCUGCAUUUGCCGCCUGGUACAAUGCCCUGGCUGGUAUUGCCGACAGCAGCAACAGCUUCUUCAUCAUGCCUGUUGCUCACUUCCCUUGGUCUCCCACUGCUCGCAGUCGUACUAAGACCGCGCGGGAGACCGUCUAA